AUGAGUGGGAGAACAUUCGUUGCGAUAUUGUUCUUCUGGGCUGUCCUCACAAUUCUCACUCCUACACUGGUUCGCUUGUCGGCGUCUGCCAAAGCCAACUUGGAUUUAAAUGGUGAGAAAAGGGAGGAAAUGAAUGCUAAGAGCAUGAUGGGGUUGUUGCCCAGAAGAGCCCUUGUGGCCGUGAACCUCCCUCUCCUCUUUCAGCUGUUUCAUGCUGAUGUUGUGCAUGCUAUUUGGAGUAUUUCAUUUAGUUUGCGAGGUUGUGUGGAUCGCCAAGUUUGGGCGUUCACUAAUCAUGGAAACUUUUCUGUUAAAUCGGCGUACCAUGUGGCUUUUUCUCUUUCUGAUCAUCCGGUAAAUCGUUCUUUUGUAAAUCCUAAGUGCUUGACUUUUAUUUGGAAAUGUCAAUGCCUCCCAAAGGUUAAGUAUUUUCUUUGGCAAUGUGUUCAUGGGGUGCUCCCAACACUGGCUGCAUUGAAGCAUCGUGGGUUAUCUGAAGAGGAUUGUUGUUCUUUUUGUGGAGAGGAUCCUGAAACAUUAGAACACUUGCUUUUCCGCUGCUCGAUGUCUAUCCAAGUUUGGAAACUUUCUCCGCUUCGUUUGGACUGUCGGUCUUGGGGUAUCCAUUCUUUUGAUGAGUGGUGGAUUACUGUGUGUAAUCAAGGGGUUGAUCUGAUUGUUUCUUCAGUUGUUUCAGCUUUUUGGGAGUUUCGUGAUGCCAAUCAGUUUCCACAGCUUAGCUAUCGGCAUUGCUCUCCCAUGCUCCUCUCUAAUUAUGUUGUGUGGUCUCCUUCGGAAGCAGGUUCAAUUAAAUGUAAUAUGGACGCCACCUUCUUAGCCAGUAAAAGAUGGGCUGGGGGUGGUCUUGUUUUCAAAGGCCAUUCGGGAGUUGUUUUGCGCGUGGUCAUGCUAAGGUCUUUUUUAGCUUCUUUAGCCCUUUCUGUUGAAGCCUUUGUCAUAAAGGAUGCUUUAUUUUGGGCUCGUGAUUUUGGCUUUCACAAUUUAUGUUUAGAGAAUGAUUCUCUCAUCUUAUGCGAGGUUGUGAUGGGUAUCCGCCCUUACCCUACAGCAAUUACGGUUCUUGUUCAUAACAUUCAACUUCUUUUGAAAUCAGUUCUUGUUGCUCGGGUCACUCAUGUUCGUCGAGCUGCAAAUUCGUUAGCGCAUGAGAUAACAAUGCUCUCUAGAUCUUAUCCAUUUAACAAUCAAGUGUUCUAUGGGUUGCCUUGGUAG